UACAAAAAUAAAUGAUAUGCUAUUCAAUGCCAUUUAUUCAAUUUGUAGAAUAUAUUCUAUAAUUUAAGUAAGUACAUUGUUUAAUGAUGUUGGUUCAGAGAAUAUCUACUUUAUUUUUGUUUAUGCAUAUACAAUCAAUUAUUUGUGGAUAUUUCGAAUUAGUUGACGAGUUCAAAAUAUGCUUAGAAAGUCAUGAUACGGUACAUAAUGUUUAUGAAGAUCCGAAAUUUACAGACAUAUUCGAAGAAAAAUUAAUAGUGUGGCAAAGGAAUUUUGCUGAUCGUCAAAAAUUUGAAGAUAUUAUAACUGCUCAAAAUCAUUUUAGAUCUAUAAUGACACUUACAAUAUGUCCACCGGAAAACAAUAUAGAAAAUUGUGUUACAAACGUUGAGAGUUGCUGUAAUACUUUCGUUGAAAAAGUAUAUACAAUAAUAAAGAUAUUGCAUGAUAGUUUUGUCGAAAAUGCUACAUCAAAGGAAAACUUUAGACAAUGCCUGAGUACUCUAAACACUAUAGAUCAAAACUUUAUUAAUGUGUUAAAUGUUAAAGUAUUUGAUUCUUCGACAAAUAAUUUUAAAACUACAUUUGAAGAAACCGCAAAUACAUUGCUAGGUUAUACUGUUACUAAAUUCAAAUACUUAGCAGAUGCUAAACGCCAUCAUGGUAAUGUCAUGAAAGACAUAAUUUGUGAAGAAUUUCAAGAUGAAAUGAAAUAUGAUUGUGAUAUCUUGAUUCAACAAUGUAGCGACUCUAUUGUAACGGAAAAGAGAAAUGUUCAGUCAUUAGAUAAUACUCCAGAUGAUCCAGUAGAAAGAAUAAAACAAUGCUUGGUUAACGCUGAAUCUGGUUAUGGCCUUUAUGAUGUUGAAAAUCAAUUAGUCUAUCCUGAUGUGGAUGAAGAAUUAAAAAUGUGGGAUGAAAAAUUUUCAGAAGAGGGUACCUCUAAAUAUACAGAUAGAAUAAAAAAAAAUAUGAAAGAACGAUUUUGUUUAUUGUUACAUACGUUAGACAGAAAUAUUUGCGAAUAUGAAGUUAUAAAAUGUUGUAACGAUUUUAUAGCAAGUUAUAACGAAGAAUAGAAACUUAAUAUCCAAAGUACCUUUUUCAUGAAAAAAAUCAUUUUUCUCUACAUAUUUAAUUUUUCUGUUUAACAAUUUUUUAGAUUGAAUACAAAAUAUUCGAAAUAGUUAAUUAUAAUUUAUAUUAAUUUUACAGUAGUUCUGUUAUAGUCUUUUAAUAAGUAAUGUUUAUUUAAAAUUAUUUUAAAUUUACAAAUAAUGUAAUGAUUAACAAAUAAUUAAAAAAAACUCUUAAUAUAAAUUGUUACUAACAAUCAAUACUUUACAUUAGUACUACCACCAAUAUUGCGGUUUACAAAACGUAAUAUCACAGUUAUUAUUAGGUUACAUAAAUUCUAUACAAAACAAUUAAACUAUAAAAAUAAUUUCGAUUUAAAUUGUUUGUAAAGAAUUAUUCAAGUUACUUAAAAAUGAAAAUCUAAUGAAGGUAACAUUGGUUCUGAAAAAUCACCUUAGAUUAUUUUAAUUGUUUUAAAAAUGUAAUCCGUGCGAGAAAGUCUGAUAUGCAGUAUAAUUGUUAUUUACUUUUAACAGAGAUUUUAUAAUUUGGAAUAUUAUAGACUGGUAAAAACACACAGAAAUAAAGUUAAAAAUUAUUAAA